UUUUCCCUGUUAGCGCGACCGCGUUUUCACUCUGGUUAAGGUGAUCGCAACGUGCAUAGUCAGCCAUGGCUUCUGAAGAACCAAAAGCAAAGAAACAAAAACUCUCUAAGGAGAAGAAGACGGAGGAGUCUCCGACCAAAAAGACUCCUGGAGAACUAAGCCCUAAUUCACUCUUUGGGAUGGGAAACCCCUUACUGGACAUCAGUGCUGUUGUGGACAAAGACUUCUUGGACAAGUACUCUCUGAAAACCAAUGACCAGAUCCUGGCAGAGGACAAACACAAAGCACUAUUUGAGGAGAUAGUGAAGAAAUUUAAAGUUGAGUACCACGCUGGAGGAGCCACACAGAACUCCAUAAAGGUCGCGCAGUGGAUGAUCCAGGAACCCCACAAUGUGGGAACGUUCUUUGGCUGCAUUGGCAAAGACAAGUUUGGAGUUAUCCUGAAGCAGAAGGCUGAGGAGGCCCACAUUGAUGCUCACUACUACGAGCAGGAUGAAGAACCCACAGGGACAUGUGCUGCAUGCAUCACCGGAGAUAACAGGUCUCUGGUAGCUAACCUAGCUGCUGCUAACGCUUAUAAGAAGGACAAGCAUCUAGACCUGGAAGAAAACUGGAAGCUGGUGGAAAAAGCUAACGUUUACUAUAUCGCUGGUUUCUUCCUGACCGUGUCUGUGGAGUCCAUCCUGAAAGUGGCGAAACAUGCGUCUGAAAAGAACAAGUUGUUUUGCCUGAACCUCUCCGCGCCCUUCAUCUGUCAGUUCUUCAAGGAUAACCUCAUGCAGGUUAUGCCCUACGUCGAUGUGCUGUUCGGCAAUGAGACAGAGGCGGCAGCAUUCGCUAAAGAGCAAGACUUUGACACCGAGGACAUAAAGGAAAUAGCCAAGAAAGCCCAGGCGUUGCCCAAAGACAACAAAAAGAGACAGCGGAUUGUCGUGUUGACCCAAGGGAAAGAUGAUACUGCUAUGUGCCUCAGUGACAAGUUCGAGACAUUCCCUGUUCUGCCCAUUGACCCCGAGAAAAUCGUUGACACAAAUGGUGCAGGGGAUGCCUUUGUAGGAGGUUUUCUGUCUGAGCUGGUCCGGGACAAACCGAUGGAUCAGUGCAUGAAGGCGGCACACUACGCGGCCAACGUCAUCAUCAGACAAGCAGGUUGCACCUUCCCAGAAAAACCUGACUUCAACUAAGGGAUUCCCGGACAACCUUAAACCUCAUUGUCACCUUGCCAUACACAACUCUGACCUAUAACAAAUACUAUCAGCCACCCGUCCAAGUUUUUUUUUUUUAUUCAUCCGCACAACAUUUCUUUCCAAUUGUUAGUUGGGUUCCUCCUGACAGUCUCAGUUCCGAACAUCACGGGAUGUGAUCAUUUUGCUUACACAGAUAAUCAUGGUUUUAUGGACAUUGGUUUUUGUUUCUAAAUGUUUUGGGACUUUCUGACACUACCAACGUUUGGCUACACUGACGCCCAGCACAAGAAGUUCAUUACACACCAACUGAGGAAUGAUAAACGAAAUAUCAGGUUUUGAAUACUGCAUUGAAAUGAGCAGUAGUGAUUAGUUUUAGGUACAUUUUAAGAACAUUAAUUAUUCCUGAGUUGUACUUGUUUAGAUUUUGUUUAAUGUGCAAGUUCUGAAUGACACCAACGGUAUUUCUUUGAAGUGUUACUCUUUUAAAUGUGUCAACGGCUCUGCCCACGACUGGAAGUUUC